UCGCCGGCGGAGGAAAUCGCGCUCCGAGCAAAGCGCACACGUACGCACACGCACCCGCGCGCGCACACACACACACAUACACCGACGCACACACAAGGCGAGAGAGCGCCACGGCGAGGGAUAUCCUUCGGCGACCUUGGCAAGAAGGCACCCCCACCGAGCGCCCGUGGUGCUCGCCGACUUGACCGGUCGGUCGCACGCGCCCGUUGGGAGUACAGGUCGCACAAGCCGCCACCACCGGGACAUCGCCGAAGAAGAUGCCGCGAAGUUUGGAGGAGGACCGCUCGGUCGGCGUCGUCGCGCCCGCAACGAGGUGACGGCCGCCGUCGGAGAGACGAGAGGUCGCCCGCCGCAGAGUUGGGAACUAGCGUGGAAGACGGAAAGCGCUUGUGAUGACCCGCGCGGCUCGCCUGGUCGCCUUCGCGCUGUGGGGACUCGUUGCGUGUGGACCGUGUGUCGCGGGAUACGUGUGGAACCGAUCGGACAACGAGCCGAUUUACACGCAAGAGCGAGAUGGCCGAACACAAGUUGACCCAGAGUAUCUGGAGCACCGAGUCGACAUUGUUCCCAGCUGGCCCAGGCCCUCGGAAGAUCAGACCUCAACGUCCCUGGACUUACCGGAUCCGUCAAACUACGCUCGCCCCCCGAGCCGCCCUGCCGACACCCAUCGCCACCGGCACACUCCGGUCAGCGACAGCAACGCCAUUUCCAGGUUCAUCGACAAGCUGCAGCGGUCUCUCGAGCGUUCGACGCAGUUCGGAAGCCGUGCCGACUACCACGCCUGCCUGACGCCCAGUGGAAGCAAGGGUGGCUGCACUCCCGUUAGACUGUGCGUGUUGCCCGUGUUCCUAGACAGUCUGGACAUGUUCCUCAAGUACACGUGCGCUAUAGACAAUGACCACAUCGGCGUGUGCUGCCCGGCGGAGUUUGUGGCGAACACGAACAUACCUCGGCGACCGGAUGGCACCUUCGUCAUUUCCACCGUCCUGAGCCCCAGCCCUUCGCGACCGACUAGAAGAACGACGGCGCACGUCGGCUCGACGGGUGGCUCGCGGCCUGUGCAUCCUGUGUUGCACGAGAAACCGCGUUAUCCGGACACUUCGGACCGCGGCGGUACCGACCAUCUGCAUCAAACAAUUUUCUUGCGGCGAAAGAGGCACGUGGCAUCAACACCUAACAACGGUGGCAGGCCGAGCAGCAAUCCCGGUGCCAAGCCGAGCGACUAUCCCAGUUCCAAGCCGAGCGACUACCCCGACAGGAAACCAAGUGGCUACCCCGUCAGCAGGCCGAGUGACUACCCCGGCAACAAGCCGAACAGCCGUCCCAGUAACAAACCGCAGGACGGCACCAACACCAACCGGGCCACAACGAGGCGUCCUGCCGUAAGGCCCGGCACGGACCCUCGUUCGCCCAUGAAGAGGAACGCGACAAAGCCGGAGCCACCAGAGCUGCAGCAAAUGCGACCGUCAUGCGGAAUUCCUGUACUUCACAAGAGAAUCAUCGGUGGGAACGAAGCCAAUCCCAACAAAUGGGCGUGGAUGGCCGCCCUACUGAGAAGAGAAACAGGCGAGCUCUACUGCGGUGGAGCCCUCAUCAGCAACAGAUACGUCAUCACGGCUGCCCACUGCACAGAUGGGCUCAAAGCCGCCAACAUAACCGUGAGGCUGGGUGCCCACAACAUGCAGGAACCAUCGGUGAACGUGAAAGAUGUUGAGGUGUCCCGCAUUCGAGCACACCCCAGCUUCCAAAAGGACACGUUCAUGAACGACAUUGCAGUACUACGGCUCAAGCGUACCGUCACGUUCAACGAGUACAUCCGGCCUGUCUGCCUACCUGAGCGUACCGACCAAAACUACUUUGCAAAGACAGGCAUUGUCACCGGCUGGGGAACGCAGACUUUUGGUGGUCCUUACAGCGAUGUUUUGCGUGAAGUGAAGCUCGUAGUCUGGAACAACACCGAAUGCAACGGCCGGUUUGCGCAACCAAUCACUGAGGUGUUUCUCUGCGCUGGACCUAAGCGACGGGAAGGAGAUGCCUGUCAGGGCGACUCUGGCGGCCCGCUGAUGGUGGAAUCAAGGUCAAAGCAGUGGACCCUAGUCGGCAUCGUUUCCUGGGGCAUAAAAUGCGGAGAGCCAGGCGUCCCUGGGAUCUACACUCGCGUAUCACACUUCCUCGACUAUAUUUAUGAACAUGCCGUUAGUCAAUGACCACCAGCCAAUGCCAUAACAAGAACAAACUCACUUCAUUGUCGACAUCCCAAAUUACACAUCUCAUUGGAGCAUGUUCACAUCUUCUCUUGGCAUCAUACACACGAUUGCACUGAUUGGAUUCACAAUGAAGUCAACAUACGCCUGUGCUAGCGCAACAGCGUGGAUGUAUCAAAGGGUGCAGAAACGUAUACUCAGCAUAACACAUGUAUAUUUUAAAUGCUAAGAUGUAGAAGGAAAAAAACCUAAUAAACAUUGGACAGUAGUAGCAGUACUAUAGAUAUCAGAGCAGAUAUCACUUUCCAAUGGCUGUAUAGGAUAUGAAUGGUAGACAUCCAAAGGCAGCAAGAUCAAAGAAUAACAUGCUUGCUCAUUUUCAUCGAAAUUCAACGCUAUUGCUGAUACAAUGAUGCACGUUUACCAAAGUGAUUUCAUUCGAAAAGAACUUAUCACUGCUCCACUUGAACUCUCCAAGUGGAAGUAAAAUCAAGUGCUAUGAGAAAAUUUAUGCAACCUAUAUCAGUAGAUUAAAUACAUGAUUGGUAGGAUCUGAUUGGUCCCAAGUAAACAAAAAGCUGAUUGUAUCUUCACUAUUAAAAGAAAUCGUGAAUUUGUGAACUACUUAGAAAAAUUGUUAAGGAAGCUUUCGCUAAUGAAAAAAAAAGUCACAAACCUGCACGGCACACGCAGCACAGUCGCAGCGUAUGCUGGAGGAGCGACCCCAUAGAAGCUCCAUUUUCAGCACCACGCACUACAGGGUCUUCGCGGCAAAGUUUCACUUACAAAAGCAUUAAAUGGCAGCGUACAAGCAGAAAUCGCAGCUUGUCACACAGGCCUCCACCGCGGAACUGUAAAGUAAGCUUGUAUUACCCAUUUUGUUUCGGCAUUUCAUCGAAAACGUUUGCCAUCGUCACACUUUCUGACUAUGCCAUCAUUUGUUUAGCAGACGGACAACAGUAACUAGGCUUAAGACGUCGGUUAUUGCGAAAUAUUCGGUUAGCUUUGCGUAUUUGAAUAUACCAAAUAGUUCAUUUUAGAUUUUGAAUCGCAUGUUGUACACUUACUAUUCGUAUUAAAAACUUCGAAGUAUUC